GUAAAUGUUGAACAUUUGAAGAACCGGCUUAGUCUUGGAAACAUUUAGUUAUCAUUUAGUUAUCGAUAUCGCGACCAACAAUGAUGAUCAACAUUUUCUAGUGUAAAAUGUGUGUUAAUUCAGACUCGACGUUGAACGUCGUUUCUUGAUACUCUUUUCAGGAUUAUAAUCAUCAUCAUCUGUAAACUCAUCAUUAAACUCAUCUUUAGAUUGAUCGAUAAUUUUCAUCUUUAACAAUUUCCAUUUCAAUUUGCAUCCAAACAACAACAACAACAAUUAGAAAUGAAUUUAUCAUCUUUAAUCAAUUUACUUUUCCUUUUAUCUUGUUUAAUUAUAUUAACUGAAUCUCGUGUCCAUGAAAUAGCCACUUUUGGUGAUCAAAUUGCUUCUUUACCAUGUGAAGUUGAUGUUAAAAAUUGUGGUUCCAUUGAAAUGAUAAGUUGGUUUAAAAAUGUUUCAAAUGAUUGGGAACUUGUUUAUUCAUAUACAAAGGGUGGCCAUGAGAAAGUAUUGGGUCAUCUGAUUAAGCAAGCCGAUAAAGUAUCAAUGGACCAUUCAAAUAUGAGCACAACUGGAAUAACCUAUUUAAGGAUUAAAAAUUUAAUGUUAAGUGAUGAAGGAAGUUACAAAUGUGAUGUUACCUAUUCUCAUAACAAUAAAAAUUGUCCAACUUUAACUUACUCUAAAUUAUUCACAUUAGAUUUAGAAGGAUAUAUCGUUCUAAUUGGUGGACGAGCGAUUCUUCCGUGUAACGUGACAAAGCCUAAUAGUGAUAGUUCUCUGGUUGCCGUUCUUUGGUAUCAUGGAGACAACAAGAAUCCUAUUUAUACUUUGGAUGCUCGUUCGGGUAAACCAGAGACGAUGAAACACUUCGCCAGUGAACACCUCAGGAGUCGAGCCUUUUUCAAUUUAACACAACCUCUUUCAUAUCUUCGCCUUGAACCGAUUACUGAACAAGAUACUGGGGAAUAUCGUUGUCGAGUUGACUUUAAACGCGGACGAACAAUUAAUCAAAAUAUCUUUCUCAAUGUUAUCGUGCCUAUUACAAAAGUGAUUAUCUAUGAUGAUGACAAGAACAUCAUUAAAGACGUCGCUGGUCCAUUCAAUGAAGACUCCUGGGUCAACUUGACCUGUCAAUCCGAUCGAGGAAACCCGCCUGCUCGAGUGACUUGGUGGAAAGGAAGUGACCUUAUUGAUGACAGUUAUCAUCAAAGUGAUAAAGGAAACAGUAUUAACGUUUUUACAUUUCAAGUUCAACGCAACAAUUUAAUGUCCAUAUUCACUUGUAGAGCCUUAAACAACAAUAUAACCUCACUUAUUAUGCAAAACGUUGCCAUCGACAUGAACCUCAAACCUCGUGAAAUAAAGUUGAUCAAUGCACCUUCAGUUAUGCUUACUGGAACUCAAUAUGAACUGAUUUGCCAAUCAAUUGGUUCCCGUCCUUCUGCUAAGAUUAAUUGGUUCAAAGAUGGUCAACUAUUAACUGGUUUGGGUGAAUCAACCUCAGAAGAUGGUUCAGUAACUACAGCCUAUCUAACCUUCGUGCCUUCAGUAGACGAUAACGGAAAAAAGCUGACCUGUUCAGCUGUAAAUGAUAAAUUUCCAGAUUUUUUUCUCGAAGAAUCUCUAAUUCUCAAAGUUAAUUUUGUACCCAUUCUAUCUCUUGCCUUGGGCUCAAGCAUCCAGAAUAAGGAUAUCAUGGAAGGAAGUGAUGUUUACUUUGAAUGCAAUAUUCAGUCCAGUCCGCCUGUCAACGAUAUUGGCUGGUUUUAUAAUGAAAAGAAGCUUGAAAGUGAUAACAAACAACGAAUCUCUGUCAAUAAUAGUUCACUUCUUAUUCGUAAUGUUGGUAAAGUUCAUUCCGGUAAAUAUCAGUGUUGGGCUUCCAAUGAUAUUGGCAAAGGAUCGAGCGAUACUGUCCAUUUGGAUGUUAAAUAUAUUCCUGUAUGCAAAUCAGGGCAGCGAAUUCAUUAUGGUGUGGCUAAACAUGAAAUGGCUGUGAUAGUCUGUGAGGUCGAUGCUGAUCCAAGUGAAGUUACUUUCCAAUGGACCUUCAACUCUACACUUUCCCAUGUUUACACCGAUGCCAACCUCAAUCUAUACAAUAGUGUUGUUGCUUCCAACAAAAGUGAAGGCGAUGAGGAGAUUAAGUACACUGUUGAUGGACUGAAAAGCAUAGCAACUUAUACACCAAAGCGGCCAAUUGAUUAUGGAGUUCUUUACUGUAGUGCUUCCAACCGGGUCGGUAAACAAACUGAACCUUGCCUUUACUUUGUCAUUCCAGCCGGUCCUCCCGAUUCACCGGAAAACUGCACAUUGACCAAUAUAACUGCACACACGUUGACCAUUGAAUGUAAUCCGGGCUACAGUGGUGGACUUGAGCAAACCUUUCAUCUUGAAGUUUAUAUCAAUGCAAGUGGAAAGAAACGCCUUAUCAACAACCUAACCUCAUCGGAAUAUCCGUUCUUCAUCGCUAAUGCGCUUCCUGCAGGCAACUUGUUUCAUUUAGUAACUUAUGCUUCCAACAAUAGAGGACGAAGUCCGAUUGUGACUAUCAAUGGGAACACUUUGGUCGCUGAAAGAUGGCAAACAGAUUAUUUUGAAGAAACUGUUGUCAGCACUUCAGUACUUCUCCUGAUGGGAACUGUCACCACUUUAAUCAUCGUCGCAAUAAUUGUUAUCCUCAUAAUGAAGAUACGGAGUGACGAUGAUUCUCGUAAAGAUAAAUCAAACUUGAUGAAUCUCUCAAGGAUUUCAGGAAACAAGCAAGAAUCGACGGCCAAUUGUAUCGAUACCUGUGAAUCUAAUGGUAAACAGUUGACUGGAUCAUUAGAGUGUAUUGAGGACAUUUGGGGUCCAGAUUUGAUUGCAUCUCAGUUGAUUGAUUCAUCGGGCUUCAUGACAAUCCCAGUCUUGACUGGAACUGUUGAGGCUGAAAUUUAUGAAUGCAAUUCCUUGUCUGAUCAAACAAACGAGACUUUAAUCGGUCGACAUCACCAUUCCCAUCAUCAUCCACUAACUGGACAUCAUGCUCAUCUCAUUGCUCCAUCUCACCAUCAUCACCUUCAACAGCAACAAGUUCAACAAUCAAUCAACCAAUCAACCAACACGCCAAUCGAUACAACCUUUUAUGGUAAUCACUGCCAUCUAACAACAACAGGGUUUUAAGCAACAAUCAAUCUUACCAACGAAAUAAUUUAAUAUAUUUUUCAUUCAAACCUUUUUAUAUCAACAUUUAAAAUUGGAGCUCAAAAAAUUUAAAUUGUUACCAAAGUAAUAUUUAU